CGCGUAUUCGUCACACCAGCGGUAGCUCCAUGUUUAAAAUUGUAUAACAUAUAUUAGGUACCUAUAUAUUAUAUUGUCUUGAUCCAUUUGUAAAAUCGAGAUGUCGCCGUAGGACCGCUCAUCAAGGACCCUAAGAAUAUCGUCGUAGGCAUAAUAUAUACGACUUAGUAAUUGUGCAGCCUCAGACGUCAGUAUUAGUGUGAUCGAUUCGUCCCGCUACAGCGGACCAUCACGACCAUGACGUCCGCCAAAUGUUUUCUGGGCUGCACCAACGUCCGGUACGGUGCCCGGAUAAUUUCAAUAUUGGACUUUUGGAUUGGUGUGCUACUUUUGAUAAAAUGCCUCGUGUUGUUAAAUCCAUUCUACGAUGACUUUUACUAUUACAACUCACGCACAGAACAAAUAUUAUACGAUUUUACCAUAUUCAGUUAUUUGUUUCUAAUAUCUGUGUUCCUUAACGUGAAUUAUUAUCUGAAAGAAUCAACGUAUGACCACAAAAUUCAUAAAAUCUAUCAGUGGUUAGCGAUCAACACGAUAUUCCUGUCGUUUCAUAUACUGGCUGUUACUUACAUCACGAUCAAAAAUUACUAUCCCAUCAUACUUUAUUAUUCAAUACCAAUAUGCAUCAUCCACCUGUGCCAGAUAUACGUGGUAAAAAGUUUUUACGACGACGAACUGCUCGUAAUUUCGAGAUCGUUACCCACGGCGUCAUCGGCUGUCGCGCGCCAAAGCAAUGUGGCGGUCGUAAAUCAAAACUCGUCCAAUGGUUCCGUAAACGUUACGCUUAGCGCUCCGUCUGCACCAAACCCGAUUUACCAAGCACAGAGCGCACCACCACCACCACUACAAGAGCAACAGGAAGCUGGAUGGGCACGCUGCAACGGUGCAACGCUUCCAAUUCCGGUGGCGACCCCUAUCUACCCUCAACUGCAUCACGGUCAAAGUGGGCACAAUGGCAUCGAACAACACUUUCAAAAUUCGAUGCAAAUGCAAGCUGGGCCCUCUUCUGUAGAGGUACAAUACCCCCAAGAAUAUUAUAACCUUCCAGCGUACUUACCGCCUUACGAUCAACGCUCCGUGAGAAAAAUGUAGAUGGUCCAAAGCACAAAAUUAUAUAAUAUAUAUGUAUUUUAUACGUUUAGCGUAAUCGAUGGACGAUGAUACACUUUUCCGAUAUUACAUAUUAUUAUACUAUAAGAGAUCGUGUAAUAUCAUAUAAGUAAUAUUGUGUUCAUUUGAAAAUACGAAUCAUUAUGAGACUGUACUGUUUAUUUUUUUUGGAAUAUUAUACUAUAUAUAAUACACUAUAACUCAUACUCACUAUAUAAA